AUGACACGCUCCGCUGCAGCUAGGAAGAACCAGAGCAAUCGGCAGGAGAAUGGCCUUGUUGGUCCCGGCAAGAAAGUAACCAAGCAAAAGUCAAGCGGCCAUCUGAACGGCAACUCGGGAAACGGCUCUGCUACCGGUCCGGGCGCGUCUGCUCAAUUCGAUCUAUCCUCCGUGCGGUCUACUAGCGAUACGUCCGUGACAUCUCCGACAGUUACCGGCAAAGGGGAUACCACAAAGGCAGAUGGCAAUGUGCGUGGGAUGUUGAAUGGACAUAGCAAGGGUGGAGAAAUGGCAUCCGCGGGGGAAAACGGCGAUGUCGCCCAGAAUGGUGGCAUGGGUCAUGUCUCUCGCAAUGGAAACCCGAAACGAUCCGGAUCCAAUGCCUCGAUUAAUCCCCUCCAGCUCGCAUCCACUAUCCUCAAAUCGUGCCCCAUGUACGACACCAUCGCCAUCUUGAUUUUUUUGCUACAACUUCCACCGAUGGUCUUGACUCUGGUUCAGUUCCUGUUCGCCUCUCUGACUUUCAUGCCCCCAAGUGGCGCCGCGGCCGGUUCUUUGUCGUCGAACUUCGAUAUUUUUCAAGGUCCGGCGGGGACGCCAUCUCUGGGGACAAUGAUCGCGAUGGAUGGGUUUUGCAUACUUCUCUGGGGCCUCUUCAUGUGGACCUGGGCGCAAAACUUUGCCAUCGAUCUCGCUCAUGUCCAGGUUGCUAUCACCUUGGGUGGCGGGGGUUCCGGAAAGAACGGCGGGGUCAAUGCUCUCUGUGUCGGAAUUGUUCUGCUUCUUCAUAUUGUUCGCAGUAAAGGCAUCCAAGACUUUGUCUUGGGUCAUCUUGUCUCUGCUAAACUGCUCAGUCCCGAUCUCCUCUCCCAAUAUUCGCACCUGCUACCCGCCGAGUUCCGACGCUCCGAAGAACAAACGUCUCCGAGCUGGCUUCGCAGCCUUCUUGCCGUGCACAUCUUAGCACAAGCUGGAACUGCCAUGGCACGACGUUCGAUGGCCAAGAAUCGCUCACCGACACCGUUACGGACCGGCAAGCGGGGGGAUACGGAGGCUUCUGCGGGGUCACAAGGACAGGUUGAUUCUGCUCUGGAAUCUGCUGCAAGUGUCUCAUCUUCUUUUGUGGGACCUGAUGGUCAGUUGAAAGACGGAAAGGAUCGUUUUACCUCAGCCAAGAAACGCAGGCGGCAAGCCAAUCAAGUUCGGAGUCGACAGCCGUUCUGGGCUGCGCUUGCCAGUACAAAGGUCACGGUGAUGAGGGAAUAUGAACAUUCGCGGGCUGUUUCCAAGACAGCCCGCAAUCUUACAAUGACGGAGGAGGAUCUGCAGGGUGUUUCUCUCGACGACGGGUUAAUAUGGAUUACGGAUGUGGAUAGCUCUUCGAUCAAAUUCGCUGCGGGCGAAUUUGCCGAUGACCCCGCUGUGUCGGGCUCCUUCGAAGCCGGCCGUUUGGGAGGAGAUAUGGAACCGUUCUACGUCUGCGUCAAUGGUGCGCUCUGGGCUACCGCUUCGAUAUGCCGGGUUUCAGAUGCCAAGGGCCCGAGUGUUGUCCAAUGGCGGGGCGAGAUCGCUGGGCUUGCUCCCAACUGCGCUUACACAUGUGCAUUUGUACGAAGCGAUACUGACGAGGAAAUUUGUGUCAUGAGUGUCAAGACUCCUACAACGACUGACACGGAGCAAGUUAUUUCCACGGUAUCGACACCCCCACAGCCGACCUAUCGUCCAUCAUCCCCCACAACGACGCUCAAGAACUCUAUCAGCAAUGCGGAAUCCAAGUUGAAUGAAAAGCGCAACCGUCUGAAAAAGACGAAGAACGACCACAAAACUGUUAUCUCGAAAAUCCGAAAAGAACUCGAGAAUUUCAAUACUCGCCUCCACAGUGGAAAUGACGAGAAUCGCCAAAAGCAGCGUUCGCUUCAACUAGAACGCAACAUCCGACAAACCGAAGAGGCUACUGCGAUGCUAGAGGCACAACUCGACAACAUGGAAAAUGUCCCGGAGGAGGAGAUGGAGGAGUGGUCGGCCCACAAAGCGGAUUUCGAACGUGAGGUGGAAGCUUUCAAUUUGACGAAGGAAGAGGUGGCUGCUGCUCGGACAGCUGCAGCCCAGCAGGUGGCGGCACUGGAAUUGGAACUGACCCAGGCUGUACAGAAGCGAGAGCGUCUCCAGGGUCGUCGCACCCGGGUGAACGAGCAGUAUGAGCGUAUUAUCUCGGCCAAUGCGCAAGGGUUGAAUGAGAGAGAGCGUCGUGCUGCCGAACAAUUUGCCAGAGAGCAGGACCAGUCAAAGAUGGAGACUAAUUUCCAUGAGCAGUUUGCAAGCAUCAGCCAAUCUGUGCAGGAUUUCCAACUGCGCACAAGUCAACUCUGGCAGCAGGCAACUGCAAUUGAGCAGUCCAUUCAGCAACAGCAGCAGCAGAUGCUCCUCGAGUCUGGUCCUCUCACCCCCGAAGGCAACUUGCCAGGAACCAAUCCUAUGCCCGAGACCAGUGGCCCGUCAUUCAACGCAUCUACGACCAGUGCACCUAGCGCUCGCUCUCUGUUGGGGGGUCUCAGCUUUCCUGCGAGGUCUAGUCCCCUACAGAUCUCGUCUUCUCCGGUCUACGAAAUGCCGUCAAAUCCAACAAGCCCAUCGCAAGAUCUUCCAUUCCUCCCGCAGUUUCCAACCUCUCCCAUCGGAAACGCGGGCUCAUACUUCGGGCCAGACAUCAACAUCAACCACCGAGACCGUUCGUUCUCCAACCGCUCCACUCGCAGCAGCCAAUACGGCUCUGACUUCUUGGACGCGAACCGCUUACCAGCUCUCCAGCUUGACCUGUCCGAGUUGCUUGGUGAGACCAAGCCUCGCCCUGGGUCUGAUGGAAAUGGUUUCCUGCAUCAAGGUGGCCGUCCGGUUUUGAGCCCUUUCCAGCGAGCAGUAAGUCGAGGUAGUGGCACUGGUAGUGGUAGUGGUGGCAGUGGCAGUGGGACCGGCAGUCCGCACUCGUCGCGAGAUUAA